AUGUCCACAAAUCGGAGUGGAUACGGAAUGAAGGCCGCAGCAGACGGGGAGGAAAAAAACGAAGAAGACGAUGUCAUAAUUCCCUCCAUCACAAUGAUGAAGACCGUAGUCCUUCUUGCUCUUUUCGGAUGCUCUAACGCUUUCCUCUUCUCCCUUCUCGGUCUCGGAGGAGGUGGCGGUGGCGGCGGAUGUGGAGGUGGAUGUGCUCCACCACCACCAGCAUGUGGAGGAGGAUGCGGUGGAGGUGGCGGUGGCGGAGGUUACGCUGUUGCUCCAGCUGCUCCAGCUGCUUAUGCUCCACCACCCCCACCACCACCACCAGCUCCAAUCGGCGGAGGAUACGCUUCGUCUGGAGGAUACGGAGGUGGUGUCGGAGGCUACGGAGGAGCCGGUGGAGCCGGAGGAGGCUACCAAGCCGCACCAGCUAUCGGAGGUGGUGGCUUCGGAGGACAAGGAGGAUAUGCUGGAGCUGGACAAGGAGGAGCUGGAGGAUUCGGAGGAUACGCCGGAGCCGGACAGGGAGGAUUCGGAGGAGCUCAAGGAGGAUCCGGAGGAUACGCUGGAGCUGGACAAGGAGGAUUCGGAGGAUCUCAAGGAGGAUCCGGAGGAUACGCCGGAGCCGGUCAAGGAGGUGCUGGAGGAUUCGGAGGAGCUCAAGGAGGACAAGGAGGAUACGCUGGAGCUGGACAAGGAGGAUUCGGAGGAGCUUCCCAGGGAGGAUAUGCAGGAGCUGGACAAGGAGGAGCCGGAGGGUUCGGAGGAUCCCAAGGAGGACAAGGAGGAUAUGCCGGAGCUGGACAAGGAGGACAAGGAGGAUUCGGAGGUGCUUCCCAAGGAGGAUACGCUGGAGCUGGACAAGGAGGAUUCGGAGGAGCUCAAGGAGGAUCCGGAGGAUACGCCGGAGCAGGACAAGGAGGAGCUGGAGGAUUUGGAGGAGCUCAAGGAGGACAAGGAGGAUACGCUGGAGCUUCCCAAGGAGGAUCCGUCGGAUACGGAGGCGCAGUCGCACAAUCUAUUGGAGGAGGACAAGGAGGAUCAGGAGGAUACAACCAGGGACCAUCUGCUGUUAUCUCCGGAGGACAACAACAAUACCAACAACAACAAACCUCUGUUAUCUCUGCUCCAGUUGCCGUGGCUGCUCCAGCUCAAUACCAAGAGCAAGCUCCAGUCCAACAAGAGACUGUCCAACAACAAACUUUUGAGUCAGCACCAGCUCAAACUCAGGAGUACGGAUCCCAAGCCACUGAACAAGUCGUUGAGACCUCAGCAUCUUCUUCAAGCGGAUACCGCAAGCACCUUUCCAAGGCUUAA